AUGUUCAACUCCGCAGGCCAUUGCACUGUGCAUGAAAGAAUUCAUACUGGAGACAAACCUUACAAGUGUAGAUUCUGUGACAAAACUUUUACACAAAAAAGUCCUUGCACUGUGCAUGAAAGAAUUCAUACUGGAGACAAACCCUACAAGUGUAGAUUAUGUGACAAAACUUUCAGUCAUAAAGGGAAUUGCAUUAAGCAUGAAAGAAUUCAUACUUUAGAGAAACCUUACAAAUGUAGAUUCCGUGAGGAAACUUUUACACAAAACAAUUCCUGCAAACUUCACGAAAAAAAUCAUACUGGAGACAAACCUUUCGAGUGUAGAAUUUCUGUGAAAACUUUCACUCCAGAAGGGAACUGCACUUACCAUGAAAGAAUUUACACUGGUGACAAAACUCUUACUCAAGGUUUUUGCACCGUCCAUGAAACCAUUCAAACUGGAGAGAAGCAUGAUACAUGCAAAUUCUGUGGCAAAGAGUUUAUAACAAAAUUGGCCUGCAGCAAAAGAAUGAACACUUGUGAGAAACCAGACAAAUGUGGAGUAGAAUUUAAUCAAGGGAAUAAUUGCAGAACACAAGAAACAACGCACAACAAAAGAAAACAUGAAUCAGAUGAUAUACAUGGAACUUUUGGCAAGGAACGUGGGCAUAACAAUGAUUUAAAUUCAGAGGGAGAGACUGUUGAAAUAAGUAAUGUGGAAAAUAAACUGACAAACAAUGAUGCCAUAACCCAUCAUAUAUAUGAGGAAGAAAGAACAGAAUACUGUCAUAAAGAUGAUGACACUUUUACCACAGAGAAUAUCACCAUCAUUACUGACAAUGAUGUCUAUGAAAUACUUACUGGCAUAAAAAGGACCACCCCAGGUCUCAUCACUACAAUUAUGAAAAAUCCUUUCUACAACUCUCAAUGAUGUGUUCAGAUGACAAAAACAGAAAACAAACCAUUACCGUAUAAAACUUUGCUAUUUUUGGACAAAUUAAGAAAAAUCAUAAUUUGUAAUUGAUACUGUAAUUAAUUUAUUUGUUCAGUUUUAAUCAAUAAGUAUUACUUUUAUACUGUGUAGGUUCAGUAUUCAUCAGACCAUUUACUUCAUGAUCAGACCGGGGAAUUAUAUCUGAUAUAAUUCCCUGAUCAGACACAUUGUCUGUGAUAGAUCAUCUAUAAAAAAAGAAUUGUAAUUAGUCAAAUACAUGAUAUUACGCUAGAAAAUCCCUCUCUCCUAUCUUUAUUGUUGAAAACAGAGAGAAAUAGGCAAGUGUUUCAUUUUUACAUAAUUUAUUUAUUUACUAAUUUAAAUUUGUUUCAUUUUCAUGUAUGAAAUUUAUAUAUCCAAUGACUUAGAGA